AUGAACACUGUUAAAUUUGAUGAAAAGGACUUCAAAAAUUCGUUUAAAGAAAUUAAUAAAUUUCUGGUGUACUAUCCCAAAUACCGGGAUAAAUAUAUAGAACAAGUAAGUAAAUAUAUUAUCAAAGCUUUAGAGAAUAAAAAAUUAUCUUGCAACAUUGAUAGUGUAGAGAGAAGUAUAGAAGUAUUUACACAUACAAACACUAGAGAUCCUUUUAUUUUUGUAAAAGGAUGUGACUUUAUUAGACUUGUAGCUAAAAAUGUUGAUGUUGAAACUGCUAUGAAAGUUUUAGAGGAUGAAUAUUGUGGAGAGAUUAUAGAAAUUCGUAAAAUGGUUAAAAGUGAAAAAGUGUUUACUAAAAGAAGAGAUAGACUUAUUGGUAAAAAUAGUAUGGUACUAAAAGCUUUAAAAAUGAUAAGUAAAUGUUAUAUUUAUAUUACAGGUAAGCAUAUCGGGGUAGUGGGUUCUUAUGAUGGAUUGACAGUAGUUAAGCAAAUUGUAUACGAUUGUAUUGCAAAUAACAAGCAUCCUAUUUAUGAAAUAAAAAAAUUGAUAGUUAAGAAUCAACUUGGAGAAGAUAAAGAAAUGGAAAAUGAGGACUGGAAGAGACACAUUCCUGAUUAUAAGAAAAGGAGAAAAAAUAAUAAACAAGAAAAUGAAAUUGUAGAAGAAGGAGUUGAGGAAUGA